UUUUUGUGUAUUUUGAAAACUGAAAGUGAAUUUUGAGUUAUGAUCGUGUUAGUAGUUUUUCUAAAAUAUGAUUUUAUCUAAUGAAUUAACAUUAUUUACUUAGAUUUUUAGAAGGAGUUGGAGGAACUUGAAAGUCUGAUAACCUGAUUAGUAGAAUCAUAUAUGGCUGAGACAGUAAUAUUAAGGAAAUCAAGUUUAAAUUCCUACAUUCCAACAGAUCUUUUGAAUGAUCUUAGCAGUCGCUUUAUUAUAAAUGUUCCUGAAGAAGAAAGAGUGGAUUUGAUUCGUAUUUGUUUUCAAAUUGAACUAGCCCAUUGGUUUUAUUUAGACUUUUAUUGUGAAGAAGAUCCAAGGUUACCAAAGUGUAACUUAAAAGAUUUCAUUCGCAUUAUUUUUGGACAUAUUCCAUUUCUUCAGGAAUAUUCUGCAGAAGUUGAUUCUGUUAUAGCUGAUUGGAGAGAAUAUAAAAUGGCUGUACCUACAUACGGUGCAAUAUUAUUAGAUGAGACUAUGAAAAAUGUUUUACUAGUUCAGGGUUAUGUUGCAAAAGCUAGUUGGGGCUUCCCUAAAGGUAAAGUUAAUAAAGAUGAACCACCACAUCAGUGUGCUGUUCGGGAGGUUAUGGAAGAAACUGGAUUUGAUAUAAGCCAUUUAAUUGAUAAAGAUGCAUAUUUAGAGCAUCAUUUCAAUGACCAAUUAAUAAGGCUUUAUAUCAUAGCAGGCGUACCAUCAAAUGCCAGAUUUCAGCCAAAAACAAGGAAAGAAAUAAAGAGUAUUGAAUGGUUUCCCGUCAGUCAUUUACCAACGGGAAGGAAAGAUCAAGCAUCUAAAACAAAUUUGGGGCCAAAUAAUUUCUUCAUGGUGAUACCUUUCGUGAAGCAUUUGAAAAAAUGGAUUGCAUCAAAAAUGGCAUCUGCUCUAAGAAAAGAAGUUGAUUCUCCUCAUGAUGCAGAUAAGCAGUUUUCUCAGCUUUCAAAGAGUGAAAUUUCUAAACAUCGAGAAGGACGACCUAACAAAUCAACUUAUUCCCCUCCUCCCAGAAUGCUGCGACAGAGAAAUUUAACGUAUGUCACAGAGCAUGAAAAAAAGAAAAAUAUACACAGUGGUUCUCAAACAGAUGAGAGGCCAGCAACUCAUUCAAAGCACAACAGAAAUCUUUUUGGUGAUUUACCAAAGGAUAGUAAAAGUGAUAAUGCCAAAACUAAUUCUCCGAAGAAAAAGGAUUCUUUCUAUCCUACAUCAAAAACAUGGGAAAAUUUUUCUCUUGAUUGUGAAGCUCUAGUAGCUACAUUCAGUAUUACCUUAAGGAAAUCUGCAUCAAAAUAUGGAGUGUCGUGAAGUGGCCAUUUUUUGUAAUUAAGAGGCUGUUUAUAGUCAACUGUCAUUUUCACCAGUUGAAUUUUUUAUAUUAUGUAUGUAUAAUCAUAUUUUAAAUGGAUUGUACGCAGGUUAGAAAUGAGUUUAGUCAAAAAUUUGUUGAUUAAUAAUUUGUAUUGGUGGUUUCUGAAAUAUCGUGAAUCUGACAUGUUUGAAAUGUUACAUGUUUGUUUAUUUGUCAGUUUCAGAAAAAAAAAUAUGUAAAGAACUUAUUUGAGAAAGUGAAUAUUUUAACAAUUUAAUAAGAAAAUUGUAUUUUUGUCAGAGGGCAAAUAUAUGAUAAAUUAUCAGAAAAGUUAUUUUUUGGAAGAAAUGCAAUAUCUGAAAUGAUUUACCAUUCUGAUCUUAGCAAAGAUAGAGUCUUCAACUUAUUUCUAACUUGAUCCAAAAUGUAAAUCAACACUCAAAAUAAAAUUUUAAUGUGUCGUUCUUUA